GUGUCCAUGUGCUCGUGAAUCUCUCUCUCUCUCUCAUGGAGACGACUUCGACGUGGUUCUCCGGCCGCCGCCGCUCAAUCAACCACCGUCGAGUCUAGCAGAAACUCCGCCAAAUUCAGUGGAACUCCAGAUUUAUCGGCGAAACUUUUGUAGAUCUCAACAAAGCUGAAGAAGAAGCCAUGGAAGACGAGAAAGGAGCUCUGGUGCAGAAGCUAAUUGACAUCGUUAACGAAAUAUCGACAAUCUCAGACUACAGGUGUACGGUGAAGAAGCAGUAUUGCAAUCUGGCGAGGAGGUUGAAGCUAUUGACUCCAAUGUUUGAAGAGAUUCGGGACUGCAAAGAGCCGGUCCCUGAAGAGUCCUUCAAAGCGCUUGAAUCGUUGAAGGAAGCUCUUGAAUCAGCUAGAAACUUGCUCAGAAUCGGAAGCGAAGGAAGCAGGAUUUACCUGGUCCUAGAGAGGGAUCAAAUUAUGAAAAGAUUCCAAGAAGUGACUGCUUGUUUGGAACAAGCUCUGGGUGGAAUUUCUUAUGAAAAACUUGACAUAUCAGAUGAAGUCAAGGAACAGGUUGAUCUUGUUCUUGCUCAGUUCAGAAGAGCCAAAGGAAGGGUUGAUUCACCCGAUGUUGAGCUGCAUGAGAAUCUCUUGUCCCUUUACAACAAUGAUGCGUCUGAAGGUCCAGCUGUCAUAAGGAGAGUGGCUGAAAAAUUACAACUGAUGGAAAUAUCUGACCUCACCCAAGAAUCAAUAGCCCUGCAUGAGAUGGUUUCUGCCAGUGGUGGAGAUCCAGGGGAGGGCAUGGAGAAGAUGUUAACGCUACUGAAGAAAAUUAAGGAUUUUGUUCAGACAGAGAGUCCCGAUUUGGAUUCUCCCGUCGGGGAAAAGUCUGUUCCUGCAAGUUGCAGCGAACAACCAUCCACAGAUGGGAAUUCCAAAUCCCUUGUUAUACCAGAUGAUUUUCGCUGUCCGAUAUCCCUGGAAUUGAUGAGGGAUCCUGUCAUUGUCUCCACAGGGCAGACUUACGAGCGUUCGUGCAUUGAGAAAUGGCUGGGAGCAGGGCACGGUACUUGUCCGAAGACACAACAAACCCUCACUAGCAAUGCCCUCACGCCCAACUACGUUCUCCGUAGCCUCAUAGCCCAGUGGUGCGAGGCAAAUGGGAUCAAACCACCAAAACAACCCAGCUCUCGAAACAAAAUUUCAUCAGCGUUCUCACCCGCUGAACGUACCAAGAUCGAAACUCUUCUCCAUAAACUCACAUCCAGUAAUCCUGAAGAUCAGCGAUCUGCGGCGGGUGAAAUCCGCCUUCUUGCCAAACGCAAUGCUGAUAAUCGUGUCGCAAUUGCUGAAGCUGGUGCCAUCCCUCUCCUCGUAAGCCUCCUCUCAACACCCGAUUCCCGCACCCAAGAGCACGCAGUUACGGCACUGCUUAACCUUUCCAUAUGCGAGGAUAACAAAGGAAGCAUCGUGUCCUCCGGGGCAGUGCCUGGUAUAGUCCUUGUGCUCAAGAAAGGUAGCAUGGAGGCACGAGAAAAUGCAGCAGCCACAUUAUUUAGCCUCUCGGUUAUUGAUGAAAACAAGGUUAUGAUUGGUUCCACGGGGGCAAUCCCACCACUUGUAACACUACUCAGCGAAGGUACGCAAAGAGGAAAGAAAGAUGCUGCAACGGCACUGUUCAACUUGUGCAUAUACCAAGGGAACAAAGGAAGGGCGGUGAGGGCCGGAGUUGUGCCCACGUUGAUGCAGUUACUUACAGAACCACAAGGUGGAAUGGUUGAUGAAGCGCUAGCCAUACUAGCAAUACUGUCAAGCCACCCUGAUGGAAAAGUAGCCAUCGGAGCUGCAGAGGCCGUGCCGAUUUUGGUAGAGGUUAUUGGAAGCGGGUCCCCCAGGAACAAAGAGAAUGCUGCUGCAGUUUUGGUUCACCUCUGUUCGGGUGACCAGCAAUAUUUGAUAGAGGCUCAAGAACUCGGAGUGAUGGUCCCACUGGUGGAUUUAGCACAAAAUGGCACGGAUAGAGGGAAGAGAAAGGCUGCACAAUUACUCGAGCGGAUAAACAGAUUUGUCGAGCAGCAGAAGCUGGCCCAAGCCCAAGCCCAAGCCCAAGCCCAGACUCAGAACCAACCAUUACAGUCGCCAUCCCCAGCAAAUGCUGUUGAUAGUUGAGAUGUUCUGUUUUUUGUUUAUUUUCUGUUUUGUUGGUUUUUGUUUCUUGAGUUUGUUCUUUCACGUGUCGACAGGGGGAGGUGGAAGAUCACUAGCCCCGAAGUUAAAAAGUUAUUUCAUUUGUUUUUGUUGGGUUGAUGGUCAUACUGCCAAGAAAAUUAUUCAUAGAAUCAUCAAAAAUGGAAGAGGAGAGAGAAACAGGGAUGAAAGAUGAGACCCCUGAAAUGUAUGUUGAGUUUGUACCCAUUGUAACAUUGUGUAACAACUAUAAGAGCAUCCUCAAGUUUUUAAUUGAAGGGAGAUGUUUUCCUGUAUAA